GCCAGAUUUGAUCUCAAAACUGGAGCGGAGAACUUCACCCAAGAUCAAGGAUCCAAAUGGGUUGAAGUGGGGGAAUGAGCAUCCACCAGGGAAAAAGAGGAUGGCAGUGUUGAGAGAGGCAGAUGCUCGGGCCCCCGCUACAGAAUCUGUGUCGCUCCCAGCUCCUCCUGUGGAGAUGCGUGCCUGUUCCUGCCCUUCCAGCAUGCACGCAGGAGAAGUUGUGAGGCCCAGGAGAAGCCAGCAGACUUACAGACCUGGCUACAUUCAGAGGUUGUGGUUUGCGCAGUUACCGUGGUUAGUAGUCGACCCUGCUGAGAGCAGGCUCUUCUGCUCAGCCUGCAAAGCGAGACCCACGCUCCAUCACUGGCCUCUCGUUUAGUCCAGGGUUACACUGGGCCCUUUAAGGUGGGGACUUUAAAGUACCACGAAGUCAGCAAGACACACAAGCUCUGUGUCAACGCCGUAGAGGUCAACAACAGCAGCCCUUAGGCUGCCCUGAUCCCAGAGAUCUCCAGCGACCUCAUGGCUAACAUGGAACCCCUCUUCAGUGCAGCCUACUCCAUCGUGUAUGACUCCCGGCCGCUGAACGACUUUGAGAAAAUGCUGCAGCUCCUCCAAAGCACUGGGACCAUGAUUUUAGGCAAGUACCAAAACCGUACCGCAUGCACACGGUUCACCAGAUACAUCUCGGAGACCCUGAAGAAGGAGAUCCUCAGGGACAUCCGCGGUUCCCCAUGUGUGAGCCUGCUGCUGGACAGCUGCCAGGACAAUUCCAACCAGGACUGUGUGGGGAUUUACAUCAGCUACCUUAAGCAGCUGGAGUUGAAAGAGCCAUAUAUCAUCCUGGGCCCACUCUACAGCGAGACGGUGGAUGGGUACUUCGAGACCAUUGUCGCAGCCCUGGAUGAGCUGGACAUCCCCUUCCGGAAGCCUGGCUGGGUGGUGGGCCUGGGCACAAACGGGUACACCAUGCUGAGCUGCAAGGGAGGCCUCAUGGAGAAGUUCCGGGAGACCAUCCCACAGCUGCUGCCUGUCUGCUGCGUGGCCCACCAGCUACACAUGGCCAUGGUGGAAGCAUGCGGGAGAAUUGAUCUGGUGAAGAAGUGUGACCGGCACAUCCAGACCAUCUUCAGGUUUUACCAAACCUCCAACAAGAGGCUGAGCGAGCUGCAGGAAAGUGCGGUGCCCCUGGAGCAGGAAAUCGGCUGGCUGAAAGACCUGAAUGCUGUCCACUGGGUGGCCAGCAAGAGGCGCAUGCUGAACACGCUCCUCGUGUGCUGGCCAGUACCGGUGUGGCACCUCCAAAUGGUGGCAGAAGCAGGGGGCCAGGUCGGGCUCAGGGCCCAGGGCCUGCUGAAACUGACGAAGGGCUUCCACUUGGUCAAGCUCUGCCACUUCCUCCUGGACUUCCUGAGCAUCUACAGGCCCCUGGCUGAGGUGUGCCAAAAGGAGAUGGUGCUGAUCAGAGAGGUGAACGCCGAGCUGGCGCGCGCCUAUGUGGGACUGGAGACCCUCCGCCACUAGGCGGGACCCAAAG